CACACGGCCCCUUCUUCGUCGUUGCAUGACGGCUGCCUCUGUCCUCCGACUAGCACACACCACAGCCAGCAAAAUGUCCCUCUCUGGAGUUGAAGCCGCCAAGCGUCUGGCCGCCUACGCCGCAGUCGACCGUCACAUCGGCCUCGAGCACAAGCUCAUCGGUAUCGGCUCGGGAUCGACCGUGCCGUACGUCGUCGACCGCAUCGUCCAGCAGGGCCCCAAGGCCAACGCUGGCCGUGUCUUCCUCCCCACUGGCUUCCAGUCCAAGGAGCUCAUCAUCAAGGCCGGCCUCGCUCUCGGUGAUGUCGACCAGUACACCCGCCUCGAUGUGACCAUUGACGGCGCCGACGAGGUUGACUCCAACCUCAACUCGAUCAAGGGCGGCGGUGCGUGCCAGCUCCGCGAGAAGGUCCUCGCCGACAUGGCCGACACGUGGGUCAUGGUCGCCGACUACCGCAAGAACUCGGAGGUGCUCGGCACAAACUGGAAGCAGGGCGUCCCCAUCGAGGUCGUUCCCUUCGCCUACGCUCAGGUCCUCGCCACCCUCACCAAGCAGGGCGGCACGCCGACGCUGCGCAUGGGCAAGGCCAAGGCCGGCCCCGUGGUCAGCGACAACGGCAACUUUAUCAUCGACGCCGUGUUCCCCAAGGACCAGAUGCUCAAGCCCGCCGAGCUCCUCGUGCGCAUCAAGCUUAUCACUGGCGUCGUCGAGGUUGGCCUCUUCACCGACCUCGCCAAGGCCGCGUACUUUGGCAACGAGGACGGCAGCGUCACUGUCCGCGCUCUUGGCGGCAAGACCGAGAAGAUUGCCUCGGUGCCUGAUGUCCCGGCCAUCGCGUCGCUCUAAUCGCAGAGACGGACAAGCAUACAUAUCUAUCGUAUAAAAUGGCCCCUGUACGCCAACUUGUAGAUGCAAUGAGGAAGCGUAAACGCCUGGGGGGGCGGCAGAAGGAAAAUAGGAGAG